AUGACUUCCAACGCCGAACUUGCUUGCGUCUAUUCAGCCCUAAUCCUGGUUGAUGAUGAUAUUGCAGUAACUGUCGAGAAAAUCCAGACCAUCCUCAAAGCAGCCAACGUUGACGUAGAACCAUACUGGCCUAGUCUUUUUGCAAAAGCGCUAGAAGGAAUCAACGUCAGGGAACUGAUCACCAACAUUGGGUCUAGAGUAGGAAGUACACCUUCGGCAGGGAGUGCUGAAGCUCCAGCUGCGGCAGCAGCUACUGCUGAGCCUGCCAAGGAGGAAACGAAGAAGGAAGAAGAACCUGAAGAGUCUCAUGAUUUUAUGGGUCUUGGACUCUUCGAUUAGGGUACAAGUUUUUUAACUAUGUGACAUAGGAUUAAACUUUUUCUAAGUU